AUGUGUUUUGGACAGAAAGUGCCAUUGGUUAAAGGAGAUUUAAAGAAAGAGCAUUGCCCCAAGAAUAAAGAAGAAGAAGAUGAGAUGAGGAACAAGCCGUAUGCUUCUCUAGUUGGAAGCAUUAUGUAUGCACAAAGAACAAAGGCUUAUAUGUUGAUUUACAUAUGCAUAGAGAAUUUGGAGCUUGUUGGCCAUGCUAAUGUGAAUCUUGGAAAAGCAGAGGAUGAUUACAUCUCUACUUCAUGUUUUCUUUUCAAGAUGGCAAGAGCAUUUGUUGCUUGGAAGAGUGCUAAACAAUCUGAUGUUUUGAGUUCAACCAUGUUUUCAAAAUACAUAGCUUGCUAUGAAGCCACUUCUCAUGCAGUAUGGCUAAGGAAUUUUAUUAAAGACAUUAAGGUGGUGGACUCAAUUUCAAGACUAGUACAGAUAUACAAUUACAACACUACGACCGUUUUUCACAGCACAAACAACAAGAUGUCGUCUGGACUUCAGCAUAUUGACAGAAAAUAUUUAAUAGUGAGGGAGAAGGUAGCAUACAAACUAGUCAAUUUGAUCAUAUCAAAACUCAAGAUAUGA